AUGGAUGUCACUGUCCAGCUCCCAACCGACCCCGUUGAACGGCGUCGAGUACAAAAUCGCAUUGCCCAACGAAAGUUUCGUCGUAAGUCGUUCCUGCAACUGUCAGCAUCAUCGUUCACGCCGCUGACCAAGACCGUCGUUGGGGUCGAUGUUUUAGACAAGCGGCUCCAGAACCAAGCAGCCAUGUCGGCAACCAACAGUCGCCCCCUCUCCAGCCAUCACUCCCGGCGCACAUCAUCAUCCAACACGCUCGCCCAACUCACCUCUACGCCGCCCAUUUCCAGCGCGCUCCAGUCGCCAAGUCUGUUCGGGUGCAUCGACCUCGGGACGACAAGGCCCGACGGACUGCCCACGACGCCGGCCACGGUCUCGAUCGACGGCCUGGGCCUGGACAUGUACUUUGACGGCAAUUUCGACGCCUGCUUCGACAUGCCGAGCCUGCCAACCGAACCGCCCGGAAGGUCUUUAUCGUGCGACCAGGACUUUUCUGCGCCGCUGCGCACCUUGUAUCCGGGACUGCCCACGCCCCAGGCUACAGUAUCAGCUUCGUAUGCGGCGUCUUCGUCGUCGUCGUCGGGCCGGUCGCACGGGACUCCGGUCAGCGAUGGGGGGCCGGUGUCGUCUGUGAGCAGCGUCUUGUCUCGGCCGAGUUCGCGGCGCGGUACUGUCAUUGACAUGCCGACUGUAGCUGCUGAUGCAAGCCCUGGAAUGGAGGCGGAAAGCACAUGCAAGGAGACCGACGACGGCGGCGCAAAGUGUGAUAAGGGGUGGAUAAGUACCAUUCACAUCGCGGUACAGAGCGGCAACGAGCGCAUCCUCGGCAUGCUGCUACGGCAGGACACGGAAGGCAUCAACUGCCCGGACAGCAACGGCCGGACGCCGCUCUUCCACGGCGCCAUCCAAGACAGCGAGCCCGUGGUGCAGAUGCUUCUGGCUCACGGUGCGCGCAUCGGCGUGCUGGACAAGGAGGGCCGGUCACCUCUGCACUGGGCGGUGCUGUACCGUCGGCUCGAGGUGCUACGCACGCUGCUGGAGCACUGGAACAGGCGGGAGCGGGAUACCUUUGACAUUGAUGCUCACGACAACGUUGGAUGGACGCCGCUGCACCUUGCAGUCGAGAGGCGGUUCGAAGCGGGCGUGUUGCUGCUGAUGCAGAACGGCGCCAGCAUAAAGGCACGCGCCAAGAUGUGUCCGCACACGGGCAAACCAAUACCAUUUAACGUGGAGCCGAUUGGAUCUUGA